GUUCCUUUGCUCAUUACCAGGCUACUCAGACGAUAUGAAGAUUAUGGAAGAUGUAAAAGUGGCCGGUCGGAAGUGCGAAUGGAGCAAGCACAUGGACAAGCACAAGCACAGACACAAGCACAAGCACAGCCGACCGUAUAAGUGCUUGCCAUCGGGAUGUGAGACUUGCUGGAUUUACAUAUUCUGGCGGCCCCCCGUGGACCAUAUUCGAAGCUAAUGGCAGGGUUCCCGUAUCACGAGCGCGAGGC